AACUCCAUGGUUCUACAGGAACACAAGAACUCAGAUCAGCAACUACAUGACCUGGCACUCCAUUCUCCAUACUAUUGCCAACCAUAUAUAUGUAAUCUACUUGAGAAGAAAAAACUCGAACCAAAGCUAAGCUUGAUCACCUAUGGCCACUACAUCUUUUCUUACAUAUCUUCAGAGGCCGAGAGAACUCCCGGUGCCGGAGUUCCGGGCACCGCCGCCUUCUCCGGUCACCGGCGUCCUUACAAGCAGUAGCUCCGGAUCAUCCGGCUACGGCGAGCACCCUGACAGCAACGAAGACGACGAGAUCGGCAGGUUCUUGCGCUGCUCCGCCAGAGUUCCGGUGCUGCGGCUGCCGGAGAGGGCCGUCCCGCGGAAGAAGAAAGCGUGGGCACCUCCGGUCAUCGACGUGCGCCUGCUGGUCUUGCCGGAGGCCGGCGGUCCAGUCGCGGAGGCGCUGAGGUCGGCAGCUGUCGCGUUUGGCUGCUUCCAGGUGAUCGGCCAUGGGGUCGACCGGAACUUGGUCUCAGCAGCGUUACGUCAUGUGGCAGCAAGGGCGACAACGCCGGGGCCGGAAGAGAUGGAGAUCAACGGAGGCGACGAGGACGGUGAGGAGAUGUGGUGGUCGCCGGGUGGAGAGCAAAAAAUGGCGGGAAAUUGGGCGCUCCAAAGUGGCGGCAGCCACUUCAGAAACACCACAGACGCUUUGUUCACUCAGCUGGAGCAAACUGCAACCAAAAUCAUGGACACCCUGCGGCGAGACGGCGCUGUUGCCACUGCCACGGAAUCCGUCGCCGGAGCCAACAGAAACGACUCGCUUCUCUGCAUCCGCAAGCACCGCUGCAAGCACGGCGACCGCGGCUUGGGUGGCCCGAUCAGCCACGACGACAUCCUGAGGAUGCUGGUCCGGAGCUCGCGGUGCUCGCGGGCCCUCGCCCUCCACCUCUGCCCCGGUGCCUCGGCGUUCAACGUCUUCUCCCAGCGAGGCCUGUCCAGAUUCAGGCCCCUCGAUGGCGCGGUCGUCGUCACCGUCGGCGACCAGCUCCAGGCAUGGAACGGUGGGCUCUACAAGAGCGUGGCCGGGAAACCGGCGUACAGCAAUGACAACCUCCGAGGAGACGGCGGCGAUGUUGUCGCCUCGGCGGAGUACUUCCACUGCUUCCCUUCGGCCGGCACGGCGAGCGAGGGGUUCGACGUGGAUGCCGGAAAGAUUAUCCCGUUGAACCUGCAGUUCAUGGUGGCCGCUUGCCUUGUGCUUGGAUACCACUUUCUCAUGUCAUGCUUGCACGCAGCCUGGUGAUCGUGAACUACUGAACUUUAUCU